AUGGCCGCCGUCGAAAUUGAGGAUGAUUAUAACAUUCAGGAAGCAUGGAACAGGGCUUGCGGGGCAUUCGCGCAGACCACCAAGGUCGAUCUCACCACGUCUCCCAAAUUCACCGUCGACGAGGUUCUGGACCAGAUCCGGUCGAAGCAGGAUGAAGACGACGAGAAAAACAACAAAUUCAGGGCUGCCAAGGAGGUCAUAGGCAAGACCCUGACAUUUAUCACGGUGCUGGGGGGUAUCGCUGCCCAAGGUGCUAGCAUGGUCUUCGCACCAAGUAGCCUCUGCUUCAAUGCAAUUUCGUAUCUCAUUGCCACCGGGGCGAAAUACAAGCGCAUUUUCAGCAGUCUAUCCGAGCUGUUCCGGCGGAUCUCUGAUGUACUGGAGCGCUGCAAGAUCUACAUGCGCUUGCCGGCAGACGCCGUGGACAUUUCUCUCCGCAAGAUCAUCAACGAGGAGUUGGUGUGUUUUGUCGAUAUCUGCGCCUUGUCGAUCAAGGUUCUCAAGGGCAACAAGAUCCUCACCGCGCUCAAGGUGUUUGCGUUCGAUAGCGAUGAAGGCGUCAGCGGGCAAUUGGCUCGACUAGCGUUGCUGGUCGAACGCGAGUCUCAGAUGCGAGCAACGCUGGGAUUCGAGUCCCAGAAGACGAGCGAAAAAGCGAUCGUCGAAACCCGAGAUGGAACCAAGAAGGUCACUGCUUCCGUUGAUAAGCUUCUCACCUUGGAGAAGAAGAGAGACGCCGAAAAUGUGGCGCAGCGGCUGUUGAGUAACAUUGACGCGAGUCUCGACACACCCAGCGAGACGUACAAGGGUAUCCAGGCGAUUUACAAACGACGCCUCAAUGACCAAGUCCCAGGGAGUGGCGAAUGGCUCCAACGCGACCCGUUGUACACAGCUUGGGCCGAUGCCCGACGCUCGCGGUUUUCAAUUCUGGGGAUCGCGGGGGGCGAGGGCUAUGGCAAGUCGUUCCUUUUUGCGGCUAUCAUCAAGCACUUGCAAGAAGUGUACUCCGAAGUGUCAGAGGAUAUGACAUGCACCUCUGUUGCGUACUAUAUGUUCGACCAACCAGAGAUGAAAGACCCAUCUCUGAUCAAAGCCCUGGAAGUGCUUUCAUGGCAACUUGCCAAAGCGGAUAUGGUGUAUCGCAAGGAGCUGAGCUCCGUCAAAACGGCCGGUAUCAACCAGAUUGGCGGCCUUUGCGAAACGCUCUUUGGCAAGGUCUAUAAGAACGACUCGACAUUCUUUCUCUUGUUGGAUGGGAUUAACCAGAUGGACAAGCAACAUCUGAAGGAGUUCGUGCAGGUUUUGCAGGAAUGGCAGACCACGGCUUCAACGUGGUCUCGGUUCACUCUUCGUAUUCUCCUGACUGGACGGCCAGAGACGAUGGACAAGAUCAGGACUCAACUUGGGGACGGAAUUUCCGUGAUCGACGUGGCGUCCAAAAACCGUGACGAUAUGAUCAAGUUCAUCAACGACCGGAUGAACAAGAUGGAGAUUCUCGGGGGUUCAUCGGACCAAGUGAUAGCUCUGCGUAGCGAGAUUUUGGAGACCUUGACGAACGAGACCAAGGGCGAUUUCGUCAACGUCGGACUUCUUCUAGACGAAAUCAGCGGCAAACAACGUCCCAGCGAGAUCCGCGACAUCCUGGCCCGGUCGGGAGAAAAUCGAUCAGACACCAUCGUGAGAAAGAUGGACAUGCUCAACGAGACGCUCAGCGACGAGGAUAUCUCCGAUCUCAACCAUCUGCUUACAUGGGUUUUGUUUGCGGCGAGACAACUCACCCCCGAGGAACUGGAGGCGGCGCUCUUCCUCAAGUCGCGCGAGCCUUCUCUGCGGCCUCUAGCGGAGAAAAUCAGAGAUCAGUAUUCUUCAUUGCUUCGCAUUAGAGGCGCAUACGUGUAUCUUGUCUCGGAUUCGAUAGAGGACUUCUUGCGUUCAAAGUCCGAUUCUGAAGGCACGACAGACGACCAGGACUCGGACACCAUCGGCGAUGUCAGCGAGGCCGAGCGCAAAAUGGAGGGCAAGACCGCCCGGAUCAGGGUGGACACGGAGACGGCACAUCUGAUGAUCCUGUCGGAGUGUCUGGAGGUCAUUUGUUCCAAGGCAUCGCCGCAUCUGGAUGCUUUGCUUGAGUAUGCGGUGGCCUAUCUCGGCCGGCAUCUCAAGGAGGCGGACCCUUCGCUGACACAGCCGCGGCACAAAAUCGCUCUAGGCCCGCAGUUGGUGAAGAUCUUUACCGAUGAAGAAACCAUCGACCGAUGGUGGAAUGCGAGCACUCUCUGGCUAUGGGUCGUCUGGAUCUAUGACGACGGCUAUGCCGAAGCCACGUUGAAAUGGCUGCAGGACUCUGCCGUCACCAAGAAUAUCUCCGAGGACCAGAGCAAGUGGGUCAAGAGUCUGAGCUCCAAAUCCGAGCUCGAUGCAGAUCUCCUGGAGCAUAUUAGCAGAGUGCUCGCCCGCAACUGGCUCCAGUCCGGCUUGGAGGACGUUGCAUUUAUGUUCAAUGCGGUGCAUGGGUACAUCACCAAGAUCGAGAAUCGUAAAGACCCGAAGAUUAAAAGAUUAACCGAAGACCCGGACGUUGAUCAAAUUCAAGCCUCCCAGAUAUUAGAUGCAGCAAAAUGGGCUCAAGCGCGGCUUGAACUGGAUACCCUGGGCUACGAGGAGAACCGUAACCUGGCACGCACUCUGCGAGAGUUCCGCAAGUUCGAUGAGGCCAUUGAGCAAUUCAAACUCACAUCGACCCUCGCUCAGGACAACUGGUUGUCGCAGUGGGGCCUCGCAGAUUGCUAUGCCAGCCAGAAGGACUUUACCACCGCUAUCGAAAUCCUGGAGGCCACGAAGAAAGGCAUUGAGACUGGAGAGAUAGGAAACGCCGAGGAGCUUAAGGACGACCUAGCGGAGAUGAACCGCGACCUAGCUAAGUGGAACAAGGAGGUUGGCCGAAGUGAAAUCACUCUUGCAAUAUACGAGAAACUGCUACAGGAAAUCCCCAACGACUACAACACGGCUCUUGCGCUCAUGAUUCUGCUGCAUAAGCAGGGGAACUACCAGCGCUUGCUCGAGUUUCUCCAGUCCCUGAAAGAUUCUAUAGACGAGAGAAGUGGCUUCGAUCGGCGGACCCAGAAUUUCCAUACGCAUUGCUAUCGGGACGAAUACCAUGAAGCACUUCUUGCAUCCGUUCGCAGCGACCAAGAGUUCGACAUCGUCCUCGAAAGCUACGAGGCAGCCAUUAAUGCUGCCAAAGCACGAGUCGCGGAGGGACGAAAGGCUUCCAAGCCAACAGAAGAGUGGAGUGCACAAAUCUGCCAAAUCGACCUGAUGCACCGGAUUGCCCUUCUGUGCUACAAGAACAGCGCCAGCAAUCCAGAACGCGUGGAAUUGGCCAUCAACCAGUGGCUACACAUUCUGCAAAUAGAUUCAGCCGAUGACGUGCUUAUUGCAGACAAACAGGAGCUAGCUCGAUCGCAGCUCGCUCUCGUCUGUUUCGAGAAAGCUCGACAACACCCAGACACCGCCGCAAUUUACCUAGAGCACCUAGAGAACGCCGCGGCAGUCAAGAGCACGGGAAAUCUCGAUUAUAGCACGCAUCCGGCGCGACUUCUUGCCCGGUACCACGCCCUGCAAGGCGAUGAGCAGAAGGCCAAGAAUGCCCUGCGCAGCUACAUCAAGCUGAAUCUUGACCUUCUCUCAGAUGAUGACCCGCUCAAUGACUGGCAAGGAUACAAUGCUCUGGCGGUUCACCUGAUGUUCGCAGGCCAGGAUGCCGAUGCCCUCGCCGCUUGGUCCUUAAUAAGACCCCAGGAUGCCACGGAAGAGUCUGGAACUUCCCCUGCAUCUGACACAUCCGAGAGGAAACUCGAGGGGCCUUUGCGCGACAUCUGCGAUGGUGGCUGUGGCACCUACUGGACAUUUGCAGACAACUUUUACGUCUGCAAGGAGUGCAAUUAUGUCGAGUUUGACCAACGCUGCUUGGACAAUAUGCGGAAUGGGACCAUCACGCUGAAUGAUUGUAAUAAGGAUCAUGAGAUGCUGCAUGUUCCAGCUUAUGAUCCAGCUGAGCGCCAGAGAAUCGGGGAGGGCAAUGUAAAGGUUGGCGAGGAGAUUCUGCCGGUUGAGGAGUGGCUGCAGCGGAUCCGCAAGGAAUGGGGGAUCAAGUAG